AUGCGAGGCUCCUUUCAAGCUGCGUUACUAUUGCCUUUGGCUCUAGCUAAUGCGCUCCCGUACGAGGAUAAGCAGUUCGAGAAGAGGAGUUUCGAUCGCGUUGAUGACAUCCUCGCUGGCCUAGGUAGCAUUAAGCAGGACCUGAUGGCUGGUGGUGCUGCACUCAAUCAGCAAUUCUACCAAGCUGUUCAACAGCCAGCGCAGUACAAGAAGUGCAACCCCACCAAUAUUCAAGUCAGGCAGGAAUGGUCUACCUUCUCCAAGACCGAAAAGAAAGCAUACAUCAGCGCCGUUCAGUGCCUAGGGAAGCUGCCGUCCAAGACAUCAAAUGAGACAUGCCCUGGCUGUAGAUCGAGGUACGACGACUACGUCGCGACCCAUAUCCAGCAGUCCUUCAAUAUCCACGUUACGGGUAAUUUCCUUACCUGGCAUCGGUAUUUUACUUGGGCGUAUGAACAAACUUUGCGUAAUGAGUGCGGCUAUAAGGGCUCCCAGCCCUACUACAGCUACUCUAGGUGGUAUAAAGAUCCCGCAAAUUCGCCAUUACUUGACGGCUCGGACACGUCACUUUCCGGACAGGGUGCCAAGGGUUGCAGCAACCAGACAUUCAGUGGCAUCCCGCUAAACAGCGAUCCCAAGAUAAAGAUUCCGCAUGGCCCAGGUGGUGGAUGUGUAACCUCGGGACCCUUUAAGGAUUGGACUGUCAAUCUUGGCCCGUUGUUUCCCGCAUCGGAAUGCGUUGCACUGAAUCCCAACCAGGAUUUUGGCCCUAGUUAUGGCCUGGGCUACAACCCUCGUUGUCUUAUGCGCGACAUUACCAGCUUCACCGGCGAGGGAUGGCUAAAAGACGAUGACGUGGUUUCUCUGCUCAAGAGCGACAGUUACCAAUCUUUCUGGGAAAACUUACAAGGCGGCGCCCCUCCGAACAACUUCGAGAACAACUUUAUGGGCGUGCAUACUGCUGGUCACUUCAUCCUUGGUGGCGAUCCUGCAGGAGAUUUCACAGCUUCUCCUGCUGAUCCAUACUUCUUCUUUCACCACGCGUCGAUUGACAGGCUUUAUUGGACUUGGCAAAACCUGAAGCCGAGUGAGCGCACGAAGGCUCUAUAUGGUCCUACCGCCAUGUCCAAUCUUACCUCGCCCGCUGCGACUCUCCAAGACACUCUGGACAUGGGAUCGGCGUACCCUGGGUCCAUCACCAUUGAAGAUGCCUCAAGCACCAUGGGUGGUGCACCGUUUUGUUACACCUAUAUAUAG